AUGGAAGGCAGCCAAAGCGAGGCGGUGUUCAGCUCGUUGAAUCUUAACCCCCAGAUCUUUGUCAACGAAACCCUGAACACCGUCGACGACCUGUUCGACGAAGCCUUCGAUUUCUUUCAUCAAGAAGCGUCGGGCCGUCUGCAAACCGAAGGAACCGAACGGGCCCAUCAUCUGAAGGAGGGCAUUAAUUCCGUUCGGUACAUGGUGCAAUCUGGGUUGGAUAAGCGACUUGAGAUGUGGGAGAAGUAUUGCCUUCAUCACUGUUUUGCAGUCCCUGAAGGAUUCUCCUUACACAACACUAAUGAAUCUCCAAAACAAAGUUCCACAAGUCAAGAUUUGCUUUCAGACCCUGCUCUUGAUUCACAAUUGGAUUCUCUGAGGGAAAGGCUUGCUGAGGUGUCACGACAGUCUGUUGAGCUUAAUAGGGAGCUUCAAGACUUGGAACGAAAAUCUACUGCAACUGAUCGGUGUAACGAACUUCUUGCUGAGGUGUUUCAGUCGUAUGAUAAAAACUCUGCUGAUAGUCUGUUUCAAGAGAUGUUGCAAACUGCAUCCGAAUUUCGUGGAAAGCUUGAGAAUCUUCAGUUUCCCAGGCCAGAGGACACAGGGAGCAGCAAAGUAAAGAUUGGCGACAUAAGCAGCAAUUUGGAAACUCUUGAAGAGUUUCUCGGCAAGCUGAAGGAACUAUAA